UUCCUAAUUUGUCAUGUCUUCCAAAGUCACAAAGUCCUUACGUCGUCCUGCCCUCAAGACUCGCGACCGAAAUUCCUUGCUCCAGGCAAUCCUCGAAUUUUGUGUCGACAUGCCUUCGUGCUUGAAUUGCGAGGUCCGCGGCCUUUCGUCAUGCCAGGUUUCCGCGCAGUUCUCUGAUCGUUGUUCUGAGUGUGUCCGCCUUGGCCAGUCGCGUUGCGACGUGUUAGGUCCUUCUUCUUCCGACCUUCGGUCUAUUUCUCGGCAGCACCGAAAGUUGGAGGACGAAAUGGAGGAGUUGGAGGAGGCUCGUCGAGCGCUGGAUGCUCGGAUAGACCGGGUCCGGAAACAGAAAAGGAUGUGGCGAGUGCGCUUGGCUCGCGCGAUUCAGCGUAGUCUUGAUUCCGUCAAGACAUUAGAGCGUGUGGAGCGGGAAGAAGCCGAAGCAGAGCGUCGUGCUGCUGCGGAGGCUAAUCGGAGUAUCGAAGAGUUGGUUCCCGUUGGUCCUUUGCCUGCAGAUUCCGACUCUCUGUCCCAGAUGGGUUUUGAUUCGUCUUUGUUGGAGGAGUUCGAUUUUUCUGCCCUUCAAGCUGAAGGUGUCCCUCCUGCGUCUUAGCCUGGUCCAUUCUUGUGUUCUGUCAUCUUGCCAUUCAACAAGGUAUUCCGUCU